AUGCCGAGCUCCUGCAAAGAAAUCCGCGCCGCGCUUGCGCAGUGCCUCCAGGAAUCCGACUGCAUCAUGGUGCAGCGCCACACGGCCGCCGAGUGUCUGCGCGAGCCGCUGUCCAGCACGCUGUCGCCGCACUGCCAGCAGCUCAAGAAGGGCUUUGGCGAGUGCCGCCGCGGCAUGAUCGACAUGCGCAAGCGCUUCCGCGGGAACCAGCCGGCCGGCGCCAAGGCCCUGCAGGCCAACGCCACGCCGGCACCGGGCACCAUUAGCGGCACGACCGAGUCGACCGAGACGGCGUCCGUCGCCGGAUAUCAGCUGUACGCCGGCCGGUCGGCCUUUGCGGGCGCCGUCAAGGUCACGUCCGGCAACGAGAAGGAGCCGCCCGACUGGCGCGAGCUGGAAAACGAACAGUACCGCCGCGAUCAGGCCGCCAAGAAGAAGCUAUGA